CGGGCGCACGCGCUCUGAUUUGCAUGCCAUUUUUCCUGUUUCAGCACCACUCCGCUGUCCGCGGCCGGAGGUUCCGACGAAGCAGACCACAAUGUCCCAGGUGAAGCAAGUCGGUCUACUGGCUGCGGGCUGCCAACCUUGGAACAAAGAUGUCUGUGCUGCUAGUGGUGAUCGAUUUGCCUACUGUGCCACCCUGGCGAUUUAUGUCUACCAGCGUGACCACAGGUACAAUGAGUUUAAGCUCCAUGCCAUCAUGUCUGAGCACAAGAAGACAAUCACUGCCAUUUCAUGGUGCCCACAUAAUGCUGACGUGUUUGCCAGUGCCAGUGCUGACAAUCUUCUCAUUGUCUGGAACGUGGCAGAGCAGAAAGUGGUGGCCCGACUGGACAACACCAAAGGUAUUCCGGCCUCACUGAGCUGGUGCUGGAACUCGGGGGACGCCGUGGCGUUUGUGUCUCAUCGCGGCCCCCUGUACAUUUGGACGGUAUCAGGACCGGACUCGGGGGUGGCCGUGCACAAGGAGGCUCACAGCUUCUUGUCUGACAUCUGUCUGUUCAGGUGGCACCCAAAGAAGAAAGGCAAGGUGGUGUUUGGGCACACGGAUGGGAGUCUGUCUGUCUUUCAGCCGGGCUCCAAAUGUCAGAAACACGUGCUGAGGCCGGAAUCCUUAGAGGGCACUGACGAAGAAGACCCUGUAACGGCCCUUGAGUGGGACCCCCUGUCCACGGAUUACCUGCUGGUGGCCAACCUGCACAAUGGCAUCCGCCUGGUGGACUCGGAGUCGCUGUCCUGCAUCACCACCUUCAGCUUCCCGAGCGCGGCGGCGUCCGUGCAGUGCCUGGCAUGGGUCCCAAGUGCCCCCGGCAUGUUCAUCACUGGAGAUUCACAGGUUGGCGUGCUGCGAGUUUGGAACGUCUCGAGAACAACGCCGAUCGACAACUUCAAACUGAAGAAGACGGGCUUUCAUGCCUUGCACGUGCUCAACUCGCUGCCACAGAAGAAGGCUUUCCUGGCACACUCGCCAACCAAAAACCACUACACGUCGUCCACGAGCGAGGCGGUGCCACCACCCACACUGUCUCAGAAUCAGGCUUUCUCCCUGCCGCCUGGGCACGCGGUCUGCUGCUUCAUGGAUGGUGGCGUGGGGCUCUAUGACAUGGGAGCCAAGAAGUGGGACUUCCUUCGAGAUCUGGGUCACGUGGAGACCAUUUUUGACUGCAAGUUCAAGCCCGAUGACCCCAACCUGCUGGCCACGGCCUCCUUUGAUGGAACCAUAAAAGUGUGGGACAUCAACACCCUCACGGCCGUCUACACCUCGCCGGGCAACGAGGGCGUCAUCUACUCGCUGUCCUGGGCCCCAGGAGACUUGAACUGCAUCGCCGGGGCGACGUCUCGAAAUGGUGCAUUCAUAUGGGAUGUCAAGAAGGGGAAGAUGAUCACGAGGUUCAAUGAGCAUGGAAAGAAUGGCAUCUUCUGCAUCGCGUGGAGUCACAAGGACUCGAAACGGAUUGCCACCUGCAGCGGGGACGGCUUCUGCAUCAUACGAACGAUCGACGGGAAGAUGCUGCACAAGUACAAACACCCGGCGGCAGUUUUUGGGUGCGACUGGAGCCAGAAUAAUAAAGACAUGAUCGCCACGGGCUGCGAGGAUAAGAACGUGCGCGUCUACUACCUGGCCACCAGCUCGGAGCAGCCCUUGAAGGUCUUCACUGGCCACACCGCCAAGGUGUUCCACGUCCGCUGGUCCCCACUGAGGGAGGGCAUCCUCUGCAGCGGCUCUGAUGAUGGGACUGUCCGCAUUUGGGACUACACGCAGGACGCCUGCAUAAACGUUCUCAGCGGGCACACGGCUCCGGUCAGAGGCCUGCUGUGGAACACCGAGAUUCCGUACCUGCUCAUCUCGGGCAGCUGGGACUACACGAUCCGCGUGUGGGACACCAGAGAUGGCAGCAGCCUGGACACGGUGUAUGACCACGGCGCCGACGUGUACGGUCUUACGUGCCACCCCAGCCGACCCUUCACGAUGGCGUCCUGCUCCCGGGAUUCCACGGUGCGGCUCUGGUCGCUGACGCCACUCAUCGCUCCGCUGCAGAUCAACAUUUUAGUCGACCGCGUUUGGGAAGAAAUCAUCGGAAACACAGAUCGAGCGAUGGCCCCAGGAGCCCCACCUCUCCUCUGUGGAAAAGUGUCCCGGGACAUCAAGCAGGAGCUGGACAAGCUGGCCAGCGACGUGCACACCAAGAAGCUGCGCUGGUUUUCUGAGUGCCUGUCGCCACCAGGGGGCAGUAAGAACCUGUGGGACCUGGCGGCCGUGAUGAAAGGCCAGGAUGACAGUCUGCUCCCCCUCAACUACUGCAAGGGCAUCAUGCACAUGCGCCACCUGGUGAGGUUCAAAACGUCCGAGGCCCAGGAGCUGACCAUCGUCAAGAUGUCCAAGUUUGGCGGGGGCAUCGGCGCGCCCAGCAAGGAGGAGAGACUCAAGGAGGCGGCCGAGAUCCACCUGCGGCUGGGCCAGAUUCAGAGGUACUGUGAGCUCAUGGUGGAGCUGGGCGAGUGGGAUAAGGCGUUGUCCGUGGCGCCCGGCGUGUCCAUGAAGUACUGGAGGAAACUCAUGCAGAGGAGAGCCGAGCAGCUGAUUCAAGAGGAAAGUGACGCCGUCAUCCCCUACUGCAUUGCCACUGGUGACGUCAAGACAUUGGUGACCUUCUUCACCUCGAGGGGACAGCUGAGGGAAGCCCUGCUUGUGGCACAGGCGGCAUGUGAAGGAAACAUCCAGGUGCCACAGAUCUCAUCCAUGAGCAGCUCCCCUGGGGCUGAAGCUGGCAGCCUAGAAAGCUACAACGGGCUGCUGCAGCAGGUCAGCACAGAGCUCGCCGAGUGCCACUUCCAGGACGGGCAGGCAGUGCUUGCUGCGUGCUGCCACCUAGCGGUAGAUAACAUCGAGCUGGCAUUGGCUAGUUUGAUCCGUGGCAACGAGCUGGAACUGGCCGUCUACGUGGGCACCGUGCUGGAUGAAGAAGCUAAGCCUGCCACUCACUACGUCCUCGAGCUGCUGGCCAGGAAAUACAUGAGCACAGCCACCUGCUUUCCGUCUGUGGGAUUCAGGGAUUUGGCUGCUGAUUUAAUACUAAAGAUCCCCGAAAACGAAGUCCUCCUGGCCAAGCUGUGUGCCUUUUACCCAGGGAGCUCUGCCGAGAUCAACGAGCUUCGGGACAGAUGCCACCUGCCACAUUUAGAAGACUGUGCCCCCUUGGCAGAGAGUGCAUAUCAAGAAGGUGACAUCUUCCAGGCCGUGAAGUUUCACCUGCUGAGUUCAGAGCCUGAAAAGGCACUUCCAGUUGGCAUCCAGUUUGUUGAAGAACAGAUCGGCAGCUCUGACUGGACCAUCGAUUCUGCCCACCCUGUUCUGGACCUCCUGAGUUACAUUCGGACCGACCGGCUGAUGCUUCACAAGUGCAGCGAGCAUCGCAAUGAGCUGCUCAUCUUGUGUGGCUACAUUGGCGCCCUGCUGGCCAUAAGGAGGCACUACUGCAGCAUUGUGCCAGCACUUUACGAGUACACCAGUCAGCUGCUCAAGAGGCGCGAGGUGUCCGUGCCUUUACAGAUCGAGCAACUGUCGGCCGAGCUGGACGCAUGGAGGGCCUGCACGCCGUCUGCCACCAAGCCCCUAGAGGAGGCGCCAUACGGCUCGCCAACAGAGGCGCAGCAGCAGCUCUACGAGGUCCUACUGCAGCGGAUCAAGGAGGAGCCCCUCAGGGGAAUGACUGGCAUGGACUACGUCACAGGCUCCAACCUGCCCAGCCACUCGGACGUGCACGUCUCCUGUCUCACCGGCCAGCGCAUACAGGGUCCCGUGUUUUUUCUGGAAGACGGAAAAUCUGCAAUUUCCUUGAACGAUGCCUUGAUGUGGGCCAAGGUGAACCCCUUCUCACCGCUGGGCACAGGCAUUCGCUUGAACCCCUUCUGAAGGAAGAAUUGGCUCCUUAGCAUCUGCAUCUCAUAAUUAGUGACAUGCAUUAAUGCAGAAGUAGGGCAGCAUUAGGGCGAGUCGCCAUGACUGGGCGCAGCCAGCGCGUGGGACAUUGGCAUUUCCACAAAACCUCCCGCCGGUCUCAGCCAAGCAGCUGGCGCGCGUCGCAGUGAGGUUUUGCAAGAUCUGGCAAAUGAGUGAAGCGGAAGACGUUUCCUCCGACGGCCGUUUUUUAAACAAUCGGCUGCUGCAUAUUUGAUACCCGGAUGCGCCGCGUGACGUUUUGUACCCACCUGGCGUCUUCUUCAUCAGCAGCUUUGUAGCACAAAAGGACAACCGGCUCGAUUUGUAGGAUCGUAUAACGGAAGAGUAGAGUGUAGUCGAACCCUCAUGGUGAGAGAUGGGCUGAGAAAAGCACAAGAGAAGACGGGCAGCUGGCUGGCACAGUGCCAGUUGGCAGCUCUGGUGGUGGGCUUUUCUGUUUCUCACAAGACCGUCCUUCUCCCACAAGAGGCCUAGAGGUGCUAGCUGGGCACACGACCUGUCGAUGGCAUGCUCACUUUCUGCACGCGGUGUGGGAGGAGUGACAAGCGGAGCGUGGCGUCACGGGCGAGAGAGGUGCCAGCUGUCCUGUGCCCCUUCACCUGCAUCGCUCAGCGUGUGCCUCGUGGCGAGUCUGUUUGCACACGUGAGUGUGUGUGUGUGUGUGCGUGCGUGCGCAUGUCGCCCCCUGGUGGCCCUCCUCCUCCUCCUCCUCCUCCUCUCUGGACGUGUCCUUUCCAGGCUCAUCUUAGGUCAUCCAUGUGAUUAAACAGCACUUGUCCAACUGCA